CGAGAGGCCGGCGGCGGCGGCGGCGACGGGACCAGAACGAGCGCGGCGGUUCGUCGGCCUCACCUGUCCUCCUUCACCCGCGGCGACCGGCGGCGGGCAGCGCGUCCGGCGGAGAGGGCCGCCGCCAGGUGAGGCGAGGAAUGAAUCUGAAGUCUGCUGCAGGAAAGCACUGAAGCUUUAACAUGUUUUCUUGCAUAAAACUCAAACUUUAAGUAGCUGCUUAUGAGCUUAGGGAAGGCAGGACGCUAAUGUCUGUCUCAAGACACAGGACAGCUGUUUGCUCAUCAUCCUCAACUGUGUGUGCAGCGGAGGAACAUGGCGCAAGAAGCGAACCACAGCCAAGUGCCUAUGCUGUGCUCCACGGGCUGCGGGUUUUACGGGAACCCGCGCACCAACGGCAUGUGCUCCGUGUGCUACAAGGAGCACCUCCAGCGACAGAACAGCAGCAACGACAGGAUAAGCCCCCCCGAUAAGGUGGUGGGCUGUCCCGUGUGCAGAAUCACUAAUACGCAGUGUGGUACCGUUGCAGCCACAUCUGUCAGUAGCCUGUCUGACUCUCUACCAGUUCAGUGCACAGACGGCAGUGUCCCAGAAGCGCCGUCCACGCUAGACUCGACGUCUUCAUCUAUGCAGCCAAGUCCUGUAUCAAAUCAGCCACUUUUAUCAGAAUCUGUAACAUCUUCCCAAGGGGAUAGCACAUCUGCGGACAAAGCAGCGCCUGAGACAGAAGACCUGCAAGCUUCAGUAUCAGAUACGGCCCAGCAGCCGACCGAAGAGCAGAACAAAUCUCUCGAAAAACCAAAACAGAAAAAGAAUCGCUGUUUCAUGUGCAGGAAGAAAGUGGGACUUACCGGGUUUGAAUGCCGGUGUGGAAAUGUUUACUGUGGGGUACACCGCUACUCCGAUGUACACAAUUGCUCUUACAAUUACAAAGCCGACGCUGCUGAGAAAAUCCGAAAAGAAAACCCGGUGGUGGUCGGCGAAAAGAUCCAGAAGAUUUGAGCUCCUGCUGGAAUACAAAAUCCUUUGACCAUCUGCAAACUAAACAUUGACUUGAGGUGUUUUUCCUGGUCAGUGGGCGGGUAGCGCAGUGUCCCUUGCAUAGACCUUUUAAAUCAUGCAUGUCACCAGAAGAAUAGAUUUUUGUUUUUGUUUUGAAAAUGACUCUUGAACAUUUAUUUCCAUUGCAGUUUCUGUGGCUGAGAAGACUUAAGUAAACUUUACAAGUAUUAUCCUUUUAAGAUCCUUUUCAUUUUAGUUGAGCGCAGAGGGCUUUUAUAACAAACGUGGAGAAAUUUUGGCGGGCUGUGAUUUCUUUAUUUCCCCCCAGUAUUAAACAUGCAUGCGUUAACCUUGCGGUUGAUUUUCUCAUUGUGUAUGUAUAUAGAGCUUUUCUCUGCAGCACGACUCCUCUUUUGAUAAUGCCCUCCGGGGCACAGCUAGUUAUCGGUAACUGAAUGUAUCUGAAUCAUUACGGCUGCUUCUGUUUUCUUCCUUAACAAAGGUUCUACAUACGUUAGCAUAGAGUUUCUUUGCACCCACUAUUUAUGUCUGAAUCAUUUGUCACAGGAGAGAGUGUGCUGAGGAGAUCCUAGAGUUUGUAUGUUUUAAUUUUUUUUUUUUUUUUGAGCGAGGGAAGAGAAAGCUGAGUGCAUUUCAUCGCUGACCGCAGGUUUCUUUCAGAUUGCGUUCAUCGGUCUGUGUGUACACGAUAUGAAGAAUGAUCUGAAGUCAUUGUGCUGUAUUUAUGUUUACCCACCAGUCUUUGAUUAAAUAAAAAGCAAAACCACGA